AUGUCGGGUGGGCAUUUAGUUGCCUCAGCACGCAUUUGCUUUGGUAAUCUAAGACCUGACUUUGUGCAUGCCCAUGAGGUGGAGCAGUUGCUGGCCUGUCGCCAACUCUAUGACACCGCAACAAUAGCUCAAGUCUUGCACGGAUUGCAGAGCAGUUUACAGGCGGUGGAAAUGCCACCCGAGGCUUCCUCACAGUAUCGUCAGAGCCUAGCCCUCUCGCUAUACUACAAGUUUUUGUUGGGCACAGCACCCAAGAACUUGGUGAGAGAGAGCUAUCGCACCGGUGGUGACCUAUUGGUGCGUCCUCUAUCUUCAGGCAGCCAAACAUUUGAGACCAUUAAAAAGAACUUUCCUGUAACACAAGCAGUGCCAAAGCUAGAAGGUCUCAUACAAUGUUCUGGCGAGGCGAUGUACAUGAAUGAUUUGCUUACCACAUCCAAUGCGGUGCACUGUGCUUUUGUGACUGCCAAACGCGUGGGCGCCAGCAUAGAGCAAAUUGAUGCUAGCGCUGCACUGCGUUGCAAAGGUGUUUUUGGCUUCUUUUCGGUGACCGAUAUUCCCGGGGAUAACAAUUUCUACAACAGUACGCUUUUUUCCGUGGAACCGGAGGAGAUUUUUUGCGGUAGCGCUGUCAAGUACUUCGAUCAGCCCUUGGGCGUAAUCGCAGCGGUUAAUCAGGAUACAGCUAUAUAUGCAGCCAACUUAGUGAAGGUUACCUAUGCCAGCGAGCAGGUGCAGCUCUAUACCAGCAUGGCUUCGGUGCUCUCGGCGAAACAUACGAAAGAAGCACAGCAACGUUUGUUUGUUCUGACUAAGCAAACUCAGGAGACUUUGCCGAAACCCAGUUUGGCGCCAGGUGAUGUGCUAGGACGUGGCAUUCUUGAGUUAGAGUCUCAGUAUCAUUUCACCAUGGAGCCACAGACAACGAUUGUUGUGCCCUGCGAGCAAGGCUUGCAGGUGUGGAGCGCUACACAGUGGAUGGAUGUAACCCAAGCCAGCAUAGCACGCAUGCUUAAGAUGGAUGUGAAUCUGGUUCAGCUGCAAGUGCGACGCGUGGGUGGUGCAUAUGGCGCCAAAGUGACGCGUGGCAAUUUGGCAGCUUGCGCCUGCGCUUUGGUGGCCCACAAGCUCAAUCGUCCAGCGCGCUUUGUGCAGACUAUAGAGUCCAUGAUGGAAACCUUGGGUAAGCGCUAUGCCUGUCGUUCGGACUAUGAAUUUCAAGCGCGUGCCAACGGAUCCAUACUUAUGCUAAGCAAUAAUUACUACGAGGAUGCGGGCUGGAGUCUGAAUGAGAACGUGGUGGAAUUUCUUACCUUGUCAGCCCUUACAAAUGGCUACAACUUAACUAAUUUGAAUUUCAAAGUGCAGGGCACAGCUGUUCGCACAGAUGCACCCAGUUCAACCUGGUGUCGUGCGCCAGGAACAGCGGAGGCCAUUGCUAUGACAGAGACCGUGCUGGAGCAUAUUGCCUUUGCCUGCAAGCUGGAUCCGGUGGAUGUUCGGUUGGUUAAUCUACGCCCUGGCAGCAAAAUGGUGCAGCUGUUACCCCGAUUCAUAUCCUCAAGCGAGUAUCGUCAGCGUCGCGAUCAAGUGAAUGUGUUUAAUGCCCAACACCGUUGGCGCAAACGUGGCUUGGGCCUGGCACAAAUGGAAUUUCCGCUGGAUAUCGGCAUUGCCUUAGAUUAUCCGGCUACGGUGGCCAUUUAUCAUGCCGAUGGAUCAGUGGUUAUAACACAUGGCGGUAUUGAGAUCGGUCAGGGCAUUAAUACCAAGGUCGCUCAAGUGGCUGCCUUUUUGCUGGGUGUACCGCUUCAGCUCGUACGUGUGGAGCAGAGUAAUACUAUCACGGGCGCGAAACUUCUUUUGUUCACUGCCAACUCUAUGACCAGCGAAGUAGUAGGUAUUGCUGUGCGCAAGGCUUGCAAUACCCUAAACCAGCGUCUGGAGCCUGUAAAACGUAGACUGGGUCCCAAAGCCACCUGGCAAGAGAUUGUGGAGGCAGCUUUCUUACAGUCCAUAGGCAUGGUGGUCACAGAUUCUUACAAAAUGGGUGACCAAAGCAACUACAACAUAUAUGGCUUGAGUCUUUGCGAGCUGGAGUUGGAUUUGCUAACAGGCAAUCAUUUAAUACGCCGCGUGGAUAUUUUGGAGGAUGCAGGUGAAAGCAUAAGUCCCAAUGUGGAUGUGGGUCAGGUAGAGGGAGCCUUUGUUAUGGGCUUGGGCUACUAUUUGACUGAGCUGCUUCUCUAUGAUCGACAGACGGGACGUCUGCUUACAAAUCGCACUUGGAACUAUCAUCCACCAGGUGCCAAGGACAUUCCCAUCGAUUUUCGCAUUGAGCUGCUGCAGAAGAACCCAAACCCUGUUGGUUUUCUGCGGUCAAAGGCAACUGGAGAGCCCGCCUUUUGUCUGGCAGUUGGCGUGCUGUUUGCUAUGCAACAUGCCAUUCAAGCUGCUCGACAAGAUGCUGGCUUACCAAGGGAAUGGGUGCGUCUUGGUGCGCCAACCACACCAGAGACGGUCUGGUUAAAUGCAGGCAAUGAAGUGUCACAGUUCGUGCUAUAA